UGGUCAAUUUUUUAUGUUUAUUUUGUAGACACUAAUAGAAAACAUUCAGUAAACUAGCAAAUCCAUGUUUAUUUGUUACAUUAGUACCUUCCUUCAGAAUCUAUGUUGCUUUCGCUUCCUACGAUAGUUAUCUUUCAUUUCUCCUAGCAAAAAUGUUGUAGAAUUUAAUAUGUUGAGAAAAAAUGGUAAACGAAAGUUCUGGAAUAAUAUAUAAUGUUGAGGUAAGAGAAAAACCCGCACUCAAAGAUCACCCUUUGAAACUACGUUCUUGAGGUAAGUGAAACUAGGUCAGUGAAUGAUUCUACCUGACCUUUGUUUACUUAUAUAUAUAUAGAACUUAUCUGUCAUGUCAUUAAGCUGCAUGACGUUUUUUACUUGCUUAAUGAAGGGAGCGGGUAGUGGUAACUGUUAUACGUUAAAAGGGUUGUAGCAGAGCCAAGGAUUAUUAUCUUUCCAUAAAUAGGUACCAUUAUAUUGAAUUACAAUAUUUAAUAUUGUAUUAAUCGUGCCAUGUUAAUUUUAUUUUGAUAGAUAUUUUCGGCUCUACGUUGAUUCGGCUAUGGACCCAUCUACUAAUGCGAUUUGAUUGCUAGAUGUCCUCUCGGUCAAAUGAAUCACGCCUACUACUUUUGCUGCUGCUUUCUUCUCCCUCUUAUAGCAGCUAGAGGCAGUGGACAAACAAAGUGUACGGCAACAGAUGAAGGAAACUUAAAGUGCCAGUUCCCGGAAAAUAUUAACUCAACACAAAGAGAUUUUUCGAUUUAUUUUGAUCCUGACCAUGGAAGUGAAGAACAAUUAGUUGCAUGUUCAUGGGUCAAGUCGCAACUUUACUGCAUCACACAAAAGGGAUUUGAGCAUGAAGGCCUGGUGUCAGAGAUUGCAGUCAUUACCAUACCCAGGAGUUUUGUAAGUAGAAAUGGGAGCUACAGAUGUGAAAAUGUCGACUACCCGUUAACUGCCAAAUCCUGUCGGGUUCCAGCCAGUCGAGACUGCCCUCGUCUGACAAGAGACCGUGAUCAUGCCUUACAAGAGUUUUAUUAUCGAUAA